UGUGACAGAAACAAACUGCUGUGUCCAACCAUCUUUAUGUGUAUGCCAUGAACAGUUUAUUAAAAAAGUGCAUGUAAUAACAUUAGUUACCCAGCAGUUGCAAAACAGCAUGCAUCAUAUAUGAGCCUGCUGCCUCUGUAAUGUCCAAAGGGCCAAAGUCAAUGUUUUGUAUUGGAUGCUGUACCUGACCAGGUUUAGGUGUAGGUGUAGGUUUAUUUUCCCUUCAUUAUACAUUUCAAAUUAAAUGUCAACGUCAGUUCAUGAAUUUACUCCUCCCAAGUAUGUAGAUUUCAGAACCCACAAGACAUGCUUCACAGAGGUUUCAUGCGCCUCCCUCCUGGUAGUUAUCUUCCUGCUGGGGGUUUGUAGGAAUGGGGUGGUCAUCUCGAUUGCUGGUCUCAAGAUGAAGAAGACAGUCAACACCACAUGGUACCUCAGCCUGGCCGUCUCCGACUUCAUAUUCUGUGCCUGUCUCCCCUUCAACAUCAUCUACAUGGUAACAAAGGAAUGGAUCUUUGGGCUGUUCAUGUGCAUGUUCACCUCUUUCACGAUGUUCCUUAACAUGUUCAGCAGCAUCUUCCUCCUGGUCAUCAUGAGUGUUGACCGUUAUGUACUGGUCGUAUAUCCAGUUUGGGCCCAAAACCAGUGUACCGUGAGGAUAGCCUCUGCAGUUUUGGUCCUUGCCUGGGUCAUCUCUGUUGCACUCAGCAUUGCCUCCAUAAUGUGUCAUGUCACCACAGACUACACAACAACAUGCUUUAACAACUACCCAUCCCAAAAUAGCCACCUAAUUGUAGUUGUGAGUCGAUUUGUCAGCGGCUUUGUGCUCCCGCUCCUCCUAAUCAUCUUCUGCUACUCUGUCAUCCCACUGCAACUGAGGACCAACAGGAUGACCAGGUCCUCCAAGUCCUUUAGAGUCAUGACUGCCCUGAUAGCCAUGUUCCUCAUCGGCUGGCUCCCCUGCCAUGUCUUCAUUAUACUGCAAUCCAGAGCCAGGGAUUAAGUUUAUCUAACUGUUAUUCCUGAA